UGCCGCCUGUGUUGCUGGCGCCGCGGCCGGCACUAGGGUCGCGUGCGUGAUCCGCCAGGUGGCCUCCUCGCUCGCCCGACCUCGUCGUUGAGGGGCCGCUAGGGAAGGGCAUGGGUCUGUCCGGCCCCCGCCUCAGCUUCCUCCCAAAUCCCGGGAGCGCUCCUUGGGGGAGCCAACGCGGGUUUUCAAGUGUAGUCUUCGGUAUUAAUGGUUCUGUUAAAGGUGCUCGUCUUCGUUCUGACUUCCAAAAGAGCUGAAUGCUUACGAGGCCUCUGUUUGAAGAUGGCAUUGAGAACCUUCCUUGUGAACUGCAAAGAAACUUCCAGCUGAUGCGGGAAUUGGAUCAGAGAACAGAAGAUAAGAAAGCAGAAAUUGACAGUCUUGCAGCAGAAUACAUUGAAUCAGUGAAGAACAUGUUGCCCGAGGAACGAGUAGAACACCUGAAAAAAAUUCAAAGUGCUUACAGCAAAUGUAAAGAGUACAGCGAUGAUAAAGUACAACUGGCUAUGCAGACCUAUGAGAUGGUAGAUAAACAUAUCCGCCGGCUGGAUGCAGACUUGGCACGGUUUGAAGCAGAUCUGAAAGAUAAACUGGAAGUCAGUGAUUUUGAAAACCCUGGAGCACGAAGCCUGAAAAAAGGACGAAGUCAGAAAGACAAAAGAGGCUCUCGAGGUCGAGGCAGACGAACAUCCGAAGAAGAUACACCAAAGAAAAAGAAACUCAAAGGAGGAUCUGAGUUUGCUGAUGCCGUCCUGUCAGUGCAUCCCUCAGAUGUCUUAGACAUGCCAGUGGAUCCCAACGAACCUACCUAUUGCUUGUGUCACCAAGUGUCAUAUGGAGAAAUGAUUGGCUGUGACAAUCCAGAUUGCCCAAUUGAAUGGUUCCACUUUGCCUGUGUGGACCUCACCACCAAACCGAAAGGGAAAUGGGUCACCAUGGUGAUUUCCGCUGUGGUCCGUUCUCAUCCUGUUUGGCAUCAGUGGGCUCAGCCAAGAUGGCUAAUGAACUUUCAUAGGAGGACCAUGGUACAGCGGUGGACAGCUCCUGCCCAGUGGACGCUUAAGCAGAAGAAACCAGUAUUUAUGCCAUGGGGUGUGAGUCCUCAGAGCAGGAGGGCACUGCAUCCAGCCUCCUCCAGCUUCCAGGAGGUUAUGCUCACCAGUGAGCGUUACAAUGUGCAGCGGCUGCCCUUCUCCCAUGUUUCCAGUGAUGAUGUAGCUUUCUUUGAGUGCCUAAUGCCGGGAAGAGUCAUCACAAAUCCAGAAGAAUUAGAAUUCUUUAAUGUGGACUGGCUUAAAACAGUCCGAGGCUGUAGUAAGCUGUUGCUGAAGCCACAGACUACAGCAGAGGUAUCUCAGGUUCUCAGGUACUGCUAUGAGAGGAACUUGGCUGUAAACCCACAAGGAGGUAACACAGGCCUUGUUGGGGGCAGUGUUCCUGUCUUUGACGAGAUCAUUCUCUCCACAGUUCUCAUGAACCAGAUCAUCAGCUUUGACAAGGUGUCUGGAAUCCUUGUGUGCCAAGCUGGCUGCAUCUUAGAGAACCUGAAUCAAUACCUGGAGGAGAAGGAUUUUAUCAUGCCACUUGACUUGGGAGCAAAAGGUAGCUGUCACAUUGGUGGUAAUGUGGCCACAAAUGCCGGAGGCUUACGGCUCUUGAGAUACGGCUCUCUCCGAGGGACAGUGCUAGGACUGGAAGCGGUGCUGGCUGAUGGCUCAGUUUUGGACUGCUUGACAUCUCUGCGCAAGGAUAACACUGGCUAUGAUUUGAAGCAGCUUUUUAUUGGAUCUGAGGGGACCUUGGGAGUUAUCACUGCUGUCUCCGUACUCUGUCCUCAGAAACCUAAGGCUGUGAAUCUGGCAUUCCUAGGGUGUCAGAGUUUCACUCAGGUUCUGAAAACAUUUACGACCUGCAGAGCCAUGCUGGGAGAAGUCUUGUCUGCAUUUGAGUUCAUGGAUGAUAGGUGCAUGGAUUUGGUCAAGAGACACCUUAAGCUCUCCAGUCCAGUAGCAGAGAGCCCUUUUUAUGUUUUAAUUGAGACAUCAGGCUCCAAUUCAACCCACGAUGAAGAAAAACUGAACAACUUCCUAGAACAAGUUAUGACUUCUGGUUUGGUCACUGACGGAACUGUGGCAACAGAUGAAAAGAAAAUAAAGAUGCUCUGGAGCCUGCGGGAGAGGAUCACGGAGGCCCUCACUCAUGAAGGUUAUGUUUACAAAUAUGACAUCUCACUCCCCAUGGAGAAGCUCUAUAAUCUUGUGACUGACACCAGGGCUCAGCUGGGCCAAUGUGCCAAAAAUGUGAUGGGCUAUGGCCAUCUGGGAGAUGGAAACUUGCACUUGAACAUCACAGCGGAAUCCUACAGCCAUUCGCUGCUGGAUGCCAUUGAGCCAUUUGUGUACGAGUGGACUGCAAGAUGCAAUGGCAGUAUCAGUGCAGAGCAUGGAUUGGGUUUCAAGAAAAAGUGCUUCAUUCAGUAUAGCAAACCCAAGGAAGCAGUCUUUCUAAUGCAGCGUUUCAAAGCCAUGUUAGACCCCAAAGGGAUUCUCAAUCCAUAUAAGACACUGCCUUCCAGUUCCUGAGAACAUGUUCUGAGAAGGGAGCAGAUACUAUCACAUGAUGACUGCAUCUCUAGCUCAGUAAGUACGCUUUGGCCACAGUCAAAUUGAUGGAUCAAAUAAGCACAUGAAAUGCUCCUUGGCUUAUUUCCUUAGGGUAAUAAAACAAGUAAAGGAACAUGGUUCCUCUUUUUAGAGGUAUCUGCUCUUUCAAAAGAAGAGUACAUUCAUCAUUCAUGGUUUUGAUUUUGUUUUGUCAGGUUUUUUGUUUAACCUGAACACUCAGACUGAGCAUACAGACUUCUUUUAAAGUCUUACCUGCUCAUCUGAUAUUUAGAAUUGGUUUCUACCUCCAUCCAGAUAGUGGAAGAGUCCUUAAAGAGUCCUAAGCUCUUUAUCUCAAGCUCUGGUGAUUAUUAUUUUUCUUUCUUUUUGGUUUCAUUGCUACAUAUACUCUGCUUUAAAGAGAUGAGGGGAAAAUGGGAGCAGCCUAUAGCAUGUCUUUGACCUUCUCUGUUUUCUAUAUAAUAGUCAUGUAAUAUAUAAUUAUGUAGUGUUCAGGCAGAUAGGCCAACAUAAAACUUCACAGCUUGGAAUCUGUAGCUUAUUGCACCCUGCAGACCUGAGUAUUAAAUUUGGGAGUGUAGCUGAGUUUGAAAAAUAGAAGAUUAAAUUCAAGGGACUCUCCUCCUUUUUGUCGUAUUCUCUCACCCUUCCCCUCUGCAUAUGGCAUCCUUCUGGCAAAACAGGCUUAGUAGAAAGCAUUACUUUUCAGUUGCAAGGGGGCAUUUUGGGUUUAUGUUGCCUUUGUCUGAUAUUAACAGCAGAAUUACAGCACUAGGAUCCCUGAUCCUAAAUCUAGAGCUACUUACCACUGUCCUGCUCACCACUGUAUUUGGAAGAGGUAGACAAGGCAAUAUCAAGGUUUAUGGCACAUGACUGAAGUCAGGGCUGGCUGACAGCAGCAGUGUCCUUGUUAAUGUGCAGUGUUUGAUGCUUCUUUACAGCAUCUAACCUGCUAAUGCCAAGGCAGGCCUUUUGUUUAUGUUAGCAUUUGAGAUCCCACUCUAUCCACUAUUGCCCUGUUCCUGUAAGUGCACUAUGGCGUUUUUUUUUUUUUUUUUUUGUAUGAAUGUGACUAUCAAAUACCAACAUAAAAAGUUUUAUGAAUCUGAAUCCACAGAGAUCUAAAGAGAAUUUUGUCAGUGUUGUUUUGGGAACAGAACAGGUCAGGGCUAUCCAGCCAGAUGCGUAUGUCCUUCUUACAGCAGGAUUCUGUUCCUGAGAUCAUCUACCAAUUUAACUUUUAUGUACUCAUCUUACAGAGAGAUCUUUCCAGCUCCUGGAUGUUGGUCUUAGCCUUCCCUUAAACUUCAAUGACAAAGAUUGUAUUGUAGCGUUAUGGAUGGGAACAGGCAAGCGAUAGGAAUAGUACUUGAUAACACAUAGUAGUAAUGGGCCUUGAUAGGUAGUUGAGAGGAGAACUCUUAGAUACCUGACAGGCACUGCUUACAUCAUUACACCAACACCAGAAUUCAAAACUGGCCAUGCAAAGGAAGGGCUGUACAGGCUGUGCCAUGUGUAUAUUUGGCCAUGGUAAUGUAUUCUGUUGCUUAACCUAAAGUGCAAUGCAACUAUAAUCUUCUCUGUUUCAGGAUAAAAAUAUUUAAACCUAGCAGAGAAUCAGAAGUGCAGGAGAAACUUUAUGCAUCAGGAGUUUUCAUUUUGAUUUUUGUAUCUUUGCGAAUAUAUUUGAACUAUUAAUUUAUAAGACCAUGUUAAUGUUGUUUUUCACAAGUACCUUUCUACAAAUAAAGUUCUCUUCACGUUGUGAA